AUGCUCAGAGGCUGGGUUCUCUUGGCUCUUCCUCUCCUCGUCGCUUCCGCUGGCAGCACUGUGGCAAGCGGAUCGGAAGGCGCAGGGAGCAGCCGUCCCGUUGUCACACAAGAGCCUUCACACCUGGCCUUGAAGUCGCCUUUCCAUUAUGAAAAAUCAUCGGCCGGAUUGCGAGAGGUUGGUGAAGGUCACUCCAGAAUGAAUAUGGACGAAGAUACUCGACCACUUCGCUACCUUCGGCACAGCUUCUUGCAUAAGAAUCUCGAGACCACAUCGGCGCCUUCAAGGGACAGAACGGAAUCGCCCUCGGCUUCUCACCAGAGGAGAGGAACGUCGCGGGCUAAUCAUGCCUUGGCGAAUCACGCCCGAUUCCGAUACAGAGAGGCACGGCCGGAGACACAAGUGUCUGAUCAAGAUCAGCUUCCUCCCUUCAAGGUUUAUCCAGAGGUUCAAGAGCCAUCCGCGACCGAUGAUCAUACAGCACAGAUGCUUAGCGAGCAGUCGAUGCAGCAGCAGAUGUUGCAGCAGGCUGCUCACCAGCAUUCGCGCUGGGGAACGCAAGAACAGGAACUACUCGGCAUCGGCAAACACUUCUACAUGAAACCUCAGCUCCAGCCUACUAAGAGCCACGCCACGGUCAUAUUGGACAAUUCCGAGAUGAUCGAGCUUAUGCGCAAACAUCACAACAGCUAA